AUUUUUAAUAAUUCCACUAAGAUUCUCUUUUUUCUUACUCUAAUUAGAGGAACAUUAAUUACAAUCUCAUCAUCCUCAUGGCUUAGAGCUUGAAUAGGACUAGAAAUUAAUUUACUUUCAUUUAUCCCCCUAAUGAAUAGAACAAACAAUUUAUUGUCCUCAGAAACAGCUCUUAAGUACUUCUUAACACAAGCAAUUGCUUCCUCUAUCUUCUUAGUUGCAGUAAUUAUUAGUAUGUUAAAAACCAAUAUAUUUCCACAAUUAGUACUAAAUUAUAACAACCUCAUUACUACAGCUCUAUUAAUUAAAAGAGGAACCGCCCCAUUCCAUUUCUGAUUCCCGUCUGUCAUAGACGGAUUAAGAUGAACAAAUUCUCUUAUUUUAAUAACCUGACAAAAAAUUGCCCCUCUUGUUCUUGUCACAUAUAUUUAUUCUCUAAACUUAAUAAUCUUUUUUAUUAUUUCAUCCGCUCUAGUCGGAGCCUUAGGAGGCCUAAACCAAACAUCACUCCGUAAGCUUAUAGCGUUUUCAUCAAUUAAUCACUUAGGAUGAAUAUUAGCGGCUAUAGCAGAUUCUAAUAAACUUUGAUUAAUCUACUUUAUUUUCUAUGUAUUCUUAUCCACAGCAAUUAUUUUUAUAUUUAACCUAUUUAAAACUUUCCACCUAAAUCAAAUUUAUUCUCUAUCAAUUCAGUCAACAAUUUUAAAAUUUUGCCUAUUUAUUAACUUGCUAUCGUUAGGUGGUUUACCACCCUUUUUAGGAUUUUUCCCCAAAUGAAUAAUUAUUCAACAACUUUCAACCAUAAAUUAUAUAUUUAUAACCUUUGUUUUAAUUAUAUCCUCUCUAAUUACCCUAUUUUUUUAUUUACGUCUUUGUUACCCCGCUUUCCUUUUAGGAAAAACCGAACACUCAUGAAUCAAAAUUAUUCCUGUCAGAACUUUACCAAACAAAACAAGUUUGAUUUUCUCCUUCAUCUCAACUAUAGGCCUACCUUUAAUUUCCCUGUUAAUUUUUAUUUUUUAA